GUCCACGCACUGAGUUGUUGAAGGAGGGGUAAAUGUCAUCGCUGGGAGUGUCGCGAGCGCGUCUCAUACCCUCACAAUGACCGCUGGAGGUCUCACUCCAGAGAAAGACAAGACUUACAUGCAUUUAUUGUUGCAUCUAUAUGGGUUUACAACAUCUGAUCUGCACUAGACUGACAAUGCUCCACUAUUCAGCCACUCUCCGCUAAAAAACGACAGCCUUCUCCCGAGUUGUUGAGGCGCGUUAACUUUUAACAAAUUCAGUCCAGCACGUCCCGGCGGUAAUCUUACUUUCGAUGCAUGAGCGUUUGAGGUUGUCAGCCGCUGAGCAGGCAGCAUCUGGGCUGAAUCAUUUGCGUUAUGGCUUCGGAUCAAGAAAACAACAGGCAGCGUUUGAAACAGCUUCUGGGGAAACCUGGGAAUGGAAACUGUGCCGACUGCGGGGCUGCAGAUCCGGAGUGGGCAUCCUACACCCUGGGAGUGUUUGUGUGUCUCAGCUGCUCCGGCCUUCAUAGAAACAUUGCUCAGAUCAGCAAGGUGAAAUCUAUCCUGCUGGAUCCCUGGAGUUCCACUGAGGUGGAGUUUAUGGACUCUGUGGGCAACAAUGCUGCCAAGGCCAAAUAUGAACAGAUAGUUCCUGCCUUCUACUACCGACCUACACACAAAGACUGCAUACUCCUGCGGGAACAAUGGAUCCGAGCCAAGUACGAGAGGAAGGAGUUCUUGUGUGUAGAGAGGCAGGAGCCCUACUCGGCAGGCUACAGAGAGGGGUUUCUAUGGAAACGAGGCCGAGACAAAGGACAGUACCUCAGCCGAAAAUUUAUUCUGUCCGAACGGGAAGGUGUUUUGAAGUACUUCAACAAGCACGAUGCCAGAGAGCCUAAAACAAUAAUGAGGAUCAAUACUUUGAAUGCCACUUUCCAACCAACAAAAAUCGGUACUGCCCACGGCCUGCAGAUAACCCAUUUGAAGGACAACAGCACUAGGAAUAUCUUUGUUUACCAGGAGGAUGGAAAGGAAAUGGUGGACUGGUUCAACGCCAUCAGAGCAGCCAGGUUUCACUACAUGCAGGUGGCUUUUCCUGGAGCUUCCACCUCUGAAUUGUUGCCAAAGCUAACCAGGAACUACAUAAAGGAGGGUUACAUGGAGAAGACUGGUCCAAAGCACACAGAGGGCUUCAAGAAGAGAUGGUUCACGUUGGAUGACAGGAGGCUCAUGUACUUCAAAGAUCCACUGGAUGCCUAUGCACGAGGCGAGGUGUUCAUUGGGAGCAGGGAAAACAGCUACACCACACUGCCUGGCCUCCCCCCGAACAUUCAGGGCUACCAUUGGCAGUUUGGAAUUACCAUAGUGACCCCAGACAGGAAGUUUCUACUUGUGUGCGAGACUGAAGAGGAUCAGAAAGAUUGGAUCGCUGCAUUACAGACUGUUAUCAACAGACCAAUGCUGCCCCAGGAGUAUGCAGUGGAGGCCUAUUUUAAGCACAAACCAUGACUGACUUAGUGUUUGAAGACCUGUUGGUGCACAGAGUGGAGCUGGAAGAAGAGAAGAACCUCAGAUAUGUACUUGAUAUCUCAUAAUGGUUAGUCUUUAUAAAGAGUUAAGGAUGACAGAGAAAAAGACCUAAAGGUGAGACAUCCCACUGUGACUCCUUUAGUCUACCUGCCAUCCUGCUCAACGUUAUGUGCCAGACCCAUUUCUUACGGAGUCCGAAUCACUCCUAAGCUCAUGAAUGUUAACCCAUCUAAAUAUUUAUGAGAAUACCAUAUUUGGAAGAAAAGCUCUUGUUCCAAAUAGAGCCAUAUUCACAGCGUAGUUAAGGGCCCAUAGAAUAGCACUUGGGCCAUUUUCAGCCCAACCAAUGUUACAUACCCUAUUAGGAGACCUUAAGGAACAGUGUGAAAUACCCUAUAUAAUCAUUCUAUCACCCCUUUAAUGUCAGUAGGAAGGAAUAAUAUACAUGGUCUGUGGAUACUCACAUUUAUUUCCAUUAAUAAGUACAAUGGUAUUUAAUUCUCAAUGUAUUUAUUUUAACUGUCCAAUUUGCUGUUAUAUUGCCAAGUACUGCAGGUAUAAUUCUUUUUUAAUAAUUAUUUUUGCUUCGUUUGUACAAAUUCAAGCAGCUGAAUGUAAACCGCUUUGUGUACUUUUUAUUAUCACAUUUAAGAAUUUGCUUGCAUUACUUUGUUUCUCCUUUUUGUAAAACUGUAUACAAAUUGUGAUCCAAUUUAGCAUUUACUUUCCUUAUUAAUCCAGAAGAGGGAGACAGAGGAAAGCUUUUAAAUUUACUAUUACUCGCAUGCACUGAACUCACUGUGGAGUUGUAUAUGAGAAUCUGUGUAAGUGAAACUGAAAUGUCGUCUAUUAAAAGGGUAAAAGCCA